AUGGAAGGUAUUAAUUUUCCCUUGCUUGGCCAUUGGUCAAUUAUUCGACCAAUAAGAGCUUCGUUUUCUACACAAAAGAAUGUCAUUCAUCUCUUUUGCAAAAUCGUAGGCCUAAUCACCAUCUGCAUGCCAAUUACUCGCUUAUCAGGACAUAUGGAAUAUCUGCUCCAAUUUGUGGUGAUAAUGACAAAUUCGGCAAAUGAUAACGCCCAAUUUGUUCCACAUAUAAAACUAGGACUCACAAGUAACGUGACUUUUGAUAAGGAUACUUCAACCUUAAACAUAACUGCUUUGGCAGGCAAUGAAAAUGAGCUGCACAAAAUCGGUAGAGUUAUACUUAUGGUUCUUUUCACUACAAAUAUUGUUGGAAACUUGUCAGUUUUUAUUGUCAUGUGGAGAACCGGAAGGAAAAAACGAAUGCGAUUCUUCAUUAUGAACCUUGCGGUGACAGAUCUCUUCGUUGCCAUUGGUGGGAUUUUACCCGAACUGAUAUGGAAUUUAACAGUGAACUUCUGUGCUCCAGAUAUUAUUUGUCGACUGGUGAAGUAUAUGUCCACUUCAUUUAUCUACAAAGUCCCAUUUAAUAUAACCAAAAGUUCAUUUUGCACAAGAAGGGAAAUUAUCAUAACCUUUUCUCAACAGUUCUCAAAUUGA